GUGAAUUCUGAACUUGGUGAAACCACAGGAACACUAACAAUCACCAACGUGGUCAGAUCCGAUGACGGUUUAUACGAGUGCAUAGCCCGAAACAAAGGUGAUACCUACUACAAAACUGGUCACAUAACCGUGGAAUUUCCACCAACGUUCGAGGCCUCCAAAAAUCAACCACCAGUGUUUUCAUGGGAACAACGCACCGCCAAUUUGUCGUGCCUUGCUGAAAGUAUACCAAAUGCAACCAUCGAAUGGAGACUGAACGAUAGACCUAUUAUUGAAGACAGGUUCUACAGGAUUGAAGGCUCAGGUCCACAAAGCAACCUGAUUGUUAAACCUUUAGACAGGAGGAUGUACACCAAAUAUAAGUGUGUUGCCACUAAUCGAUUGGGUAAAGCUGAACACUUGGUAGAUUUAAGGCUAAAAUUAACACAAUAACUGCCACCAGUGUGUCAUUUGAUAUAAUGGGUCCUGGUGACAAUGAUGGUAUGCCAAUUUUGGGAUAUGUUUGCCAAUACAAACCAGAAAGAGAAUUGGAUUGGAGAGGUGCAAGGAAUGCUACAUGGAGUGCUGAAUCUAGUUAUACGAUAGACGGUUUGGUGCCAGAAACUAUUUAUCAUUUUAGAUUUGCUGCCACCAAUGCUGUUGGCCCUGGACCUUAUAGCAAUAAUAUUGCACAGGCUACACCUAGGAGAUCGCCGCCAGAAGAACCAAAACUUUUAGUUGGUGUCUCAAACGAAGUCGAUGGAGGAAUUGUAACAUCGCCAUACGCCGAUCAUUAUGAAUUAAGGUGGAAGAUUCCUGCAGACAACGGCGAACCAAUCGACUACUAUCAAUUGAGAUACUGCCCAGUUCAGAGACAAAACGGAGCUUGGGCCGAGCUAGACUCCUUGUGCAACGCCAGAGAACUUCGAGCCUUCGAGACAACGGCCCACGAACUCAACGACCUUUUGGCAGAUUCUCACUACAAAGUGGAAUUAAGGGCUCAUAACGCCCUUGGAGAUUCACCACCGGCACAAAUUCUGCUGAAGACUGCUCGAGGGAUGGACUCGGUAGUGCGUUCCGAGGGCCCCUCGUUGAGCAGUUCGGCGAUCGUCGGCAUCGCCGUCGGAGCAGUCGUGCUCCUACUGCUUCUGGUUGACCUCAGUUGCUACUGCGUUGCCAGGGCCGGACUUUUGGCGGCCGCCUGCCACGCCAGAACAAAACCGACGGACGACGAGGAGGCGGCCAAAUUGGGAAG